AUGGAGAAGGACGAACGGACAGCAAUGGAGUGCCCGACGUUCAAUUCGAUGGAGGAUCUCCAACUGCCGGAGCCACCGUCCAAUGGCGGCGCGACCAAGCUGAUUGAUGUACUGGCCGCGCCUUUACCCGGUACCAAGCGGCAGUGUCGCCCUAGCGUGCGCCUUGGGGAGAUUGGCGACCAGCCUGCUGCCAUUCCCUCGGAUCCCCUAAUGCAGCGGCCUAAACAGUGGAAGCUUUCAGCUCCCGGAUAUCACGCCAAGCCCCAUGUUUUCCACCAUAGACUGCCUUCCAAGACUCGUCAAAUUGCUGCCAAACUUGACUCUCGCGGUGAUGACGGGCCGGGCACCCUCCCUCCUCUGCUUCCGACUCUGCCCAACGACGGAGUUCUCCUCUCUGUCAACGAUAGCCUCGACUCGCUCGUGUCGGGAGUAAUUAAGGUCCGGCAUGAUCCGAAGCCGUGGCGGGGUGCAAGGCGGGUUCGAUCAAACUGGGUCUUGAAGGCGGAUGAAGGCAUGGAAGACGCAGAUUUCAAAACUGGUGGCGGAGAGGAUGCUGCAAAUGAUGGGUUUACGGAAGGGUCUGAUAGCCCAUCUCGCAGGAGGACCAGGGGAAGGGUUAGGGUUUCGGAUAGUAGGGGCACUGGUCCUGUUGCGGAAGGGGAAGCCCCUUCAGAUAUGGAUGGGGGUAGAAUGGAUUGA